AUGAGUUUUGUUUUGCUAAUUUCAGAAGCCAGUCUUUAUUCAUUUAAGGAAAUUUCCAUACUUGGUAAUAUUGUAAAGGAUUUUUUAAAUAAAUAUAAUUAUGAUGUUUUAAAGAUUUAGAUUAUAACUCUAAUUCCUUUACUUUAUAUGAUAUUUAAUGCUUAUUAUGGUUAUUUUAGACUCAAAAUCAGCGGAAUAUAUGGCCUUUAUAGCAACCAUUAGACGGAUGCCCCAAGUCUACUUUUUACAUGUUAAAACUUUUCAAGAAUCGCUUGUCCAGUUUGUUUUAAUUAUUUAGAAAUGAUUAGUGUUAAAGAUUGUGCAUUUAAUACAGUACUAGGAGAAAUUAACUUAGGUACCUGUUUUAGGUGA